CAUUGUGGCUUUUCCCCCGUCGCUAUGCAACAGAUCUGACAUUCAAAAAAUUCCAAAUUCGAAAUUUUCGUCUCCGUCUCCAAAUUUUGUGUUCUCUAAAUUUGUCGUUUUUUCGGGAAAAUGGCGUGUCAUAACGGUACGUCCUUACUGGCUGAACUCAGUGAUCUCGUGCAGCAAAUUGGUGACUGCCAACCUUGCAGCUGCUGUCCACCUCCCCAAUGCAUCCCUUGCAACGUUCCCUACGCCCAAGUCACCAUGACUUGCCCACCCCCUAUCCUGGUCCCGACGCAGCCCCAACCCGUGAAACCCCUCCAACUGCCGUGUCCUCCGGCCCCUCCUAGCCCACCAAUACUAACGCCUGAGGAAGCGGAACGAAGUCGCUACGACAAUUUUUACAAUAAUUAUAACAUUGACUGGCAUAAUGACAGUUCCUCUUGUAAGGACCAUGAUCAUGACCAUUGUUGCACCCCCGAGAAACAAAGGGGGCAAACGGUUGAUGGCAAAACGCCCUGCUGUGAGGACUACACGAAAAAUAAACAACAGGAUGAAUGUCGCCCCCUUCCGGGGUGUCCCACGGGAUUUAAGCCAUGUACUAUGAAGCUAACGCCGCCUCCUGGCUGUGACCCUUGCGGUAUUUGGUGCGCCCAAGUCCAACCCUGUCCCCCGAAGCCCAAAAAGAAGAGCAAAAAGUAUGAGCCUGGACCCUGCACCAGACCUUGUUGUAAGCAUUGGAAGCCUAAAGAAGGGCCGUGUCUUUAUGACGAUCCUUGUAAAGCUCACUGUUUUAAUCAUCCUCCAGGAAUUAAACCUUCUGGGAGGUACCCGUGACGUUUGCGUGCCGUGAAGUGUCAAGAAGUGAAAAUGGUCCGUCCAUUGUAUUGUUUCGGUUUUGUCUUCGGUUUGUUAAUAAAACUAAAUAAGCGGA